AUGAGCGGUGCGGUUGCGGUUUGGAAAAAUCUUCUCUGCACUAUGGACAAAACACGUGUUCAGCCUAUCCAAACGAAUACUAUUCUUCUAUUCGCUCCUGCGCACUAUUCCUGGUUUGGUCAUACAUUCGCGCAACCGCAACAAAUCGGUUACCUCGACGUGAUCGAAGAAACAAGCAACCGCAACAACAACCCAACAAACAACGUCGAUGGCACAACACCAGCUCCAGCUGAAGUACCAACAUCUCUAGCGUCGCCAACGCCAAAUAAAAUAGAAUCAACUCUUCCAGGCGUCAAAUUACCCAAAUCGCUAGCUCAAUGGCUCGAAGCCAACGCCUUCUUCCAGCUUCAUCAACAAUCUCUCCCAAACUACGACAACAUUGACGAGUUCACCCAUGCCUUCCAACAAAUGAUCUACAAUUAUUUCGCUAAAAACUACGGGACCAUUAAAACUUAA